AAUGCAGUCUUUAAUUAGUGUUUAAUUCACUUACGAUCGGGCAAAAUGAUGUUCUUGGCUGUGUUUAGUGCUAUUCUUUGUGCAGUGGCUGCUGGGCCUACUAAUCGCAUUGUUGGAGGAUUGGAGGCGAAAAAUGGAUCAGCCCCAUUCAUGGUUUCUUUGCAAGCGGAAGACUAUUUUCAUUUUUGUGGAGCCUCUAUUCUGAAUGAGAGAUGGGUUCUUACUGCUGCUCACUGUAUCCAACCAAAUGUACACAAGUACGUUUACGUCGGUUCGAACAACGUAGAAGUAGGCGGAACACACUACGAAAUCGAAAAAGCUUUCUAUCACGAAGAAUAUGAUGGAGUAGAUCUUGUAGAUCAUGAUGUUGCCUUGAUCAAAGUGAAGACAAACAUUGAAUUUAAUGAAGUUGUUCAACCCAUUAAAUUACGAAGAAAGCCACUCGUUGGUGGUGAGGAAUUGAGAGCAGUAGGCUGGGGAAAUACAAAUUCAGCAGGAGAAAAUUUUCCAUUGAAACUUCAAGAAUUGUACGUGAAAGCUUUGACUAAUGAGGAGUGCAAAGCUAAAUCACCAAUUCCACCAACGACCCAAGUCUGCACACUUUUGGAAAAGAAUCAUGGUGUAUGCUCGGGAGAUUCUGGUGGUCCAUUGCUUUUGGAUGGCGAGCAAGUUGGCAUUGCCUCAUUUGUUAUCUUCAAAUGCGCAAUGGGGUACCCUGACUAUUUCACAAGAUUGUCUCUAUAUGUAGAUUGGAUUGAACAACACAUGGAUCUAAGAGUUAAUAAAAUGUCACACCUGGUGAAACUUUUCUUUGUAAUGUACUGUGCUUGUGCAUUAGCAUCGGCACUGAAGUACUCCAUCGAUCAUGGUCCUCGUAUCAUCGGAGGUGAAGUUGCAGGUGAAGGAUCAGCACCUUACCAGGUGUCCUUAAGAACCAAGGAAGGAAAUCAUUUUUGCGGUGGAUCAAUACUAAAUAAGCGAUGGGUUGUAACUGCAGCACAUUGUCUUGAACCGGAAAUAUUAGAUUCGGUAUACGUCGGAUCCAAUCACUUAGACCGAAAAGGCAGAUAUUACGACGUAGAACGGUAUAUAAUUCAUGAAAAAUAUAUAGGAGAACUAAAUAAUUUUUAUGCUGACAUCGGUCUAAUAAAACUUGAUGAAGACUUAGAAUUCAAUGACAAAGUCAAGCCAAUAAAAAUUCAUGAAAACACAAUUCAAGGUGGUGAAGGGCUUAGAGCAACAGGUUGGGGACGUCUUGGUGCUGGUCGCCCAAUUCCUAAUAAAUUGCAGGAGCUACAAACAUUUGCUUUAAGUGAUAAAGAUUGUACAGUAAAAACUGGUCUUGUACCAAAGUCACAACUUUGUGUUUUCCGUGCAUCGGAAAAAGGAGUUUGCUUUGGUGAUUCGGGAGGUCCUUUGGCAAUCAAUGGUGAACUUGUUGGUGUUACUUCAUUCAUUAUGGGAACAUGUGGAGGAGGACAUCCUGAUGUCUUCGGUCGAGUCCUUGACUUCAAACCAUGGAUUGAUUCUCAUAUGGCAAAUGACGGCGCAUAAUUCUUUUAUUUAAUAAUGAUUGAAUGUAAAAUUAUAAACAAAUUGUAAAUUGCAUAAAUGAUAUAAAUGCAGGAAAUUCGA